GUCUUCUUCUCUCACCCAGAUCCAGGAGAUGACUCGCCACGACGGCUCACAUUAUGACCUCAGCCGUCACAACCCCCAUCUGAUAAACAUGUCACCUAGGAUACUGUCCCAUCAGCCCAUGAGUGCACUGUCCCAACUGAACUCUCAGGUUGGCCGGAGUGCACUUACCCAUGGUUCUCCCUCACCUCCUGGAAGUAAAUCAGCCACACCCUCUCCCUCGAGCUCUACACAGGAAGAGGAGAUCGAUUCCCACCAUAAGAUGACGGGCGAGAAGCGGCCUUCCUCAGAGAUGAUGAAGCCCAAGACCAAACCGCAGAAGAAGAAGAAGAAAAAGGACCCCAACGAGCCGUCGAAGCCCGUUUCGGCCUACGCCCUCUUCUUCAGGGACACCCAGGCGGCCAUCAAGAGCUCCAACCCCAACGCCACCUUCGGGGACGUGUCCAAGAUAGUGGCCUCCAUGUGGGACAGUCUGGGGGAGGAGGCAAAACAG